CAAGUAUGCAUGAUACCACCCUUCCCCGUCGGGUCACUGACAUGUCUUGGCUUGUAUUUCAAAUUGCCCGACCGGCGGGAAAUGCAUACGCACAUGACAAUAUCAUUUACUGUCGGGCGGCUGUUUUGUGUGAACGAAUUCGAAACGCCGGGUUUCAGGCUGUCAGCUUGACGUCGAUUUUAAAUUAAUCCACGACUGACUCUGAGUACAGAGAGAUGGCAACCCCCGUCAGUACAAUCCCAAAGUCGGCGGCGAAGAUCAGAGAUGCUCUCCGAGCGACAUUCCGUAGCGGAUUGACACGUCCCAUUGCGUGGCGUCAGCAUCAACUAUACCAGCUCGCACGCAUGGCGCAGAUCGAACGGGAGCUCAUCUGUGAUGCCCUAAAGAAGGACCUCGGAAAACCAAAAACAGAGAUCCUCAUGGCUGAAGUAGGCUGCAUCAUCGAAAGAAGUGUGAAGAGUGCAGAGCAGCUCCCAGAGUGGGCCAAGACUGAAUAUCCUGACGUGGCUGAUUGGCAGAAGCCAUGGAAGCCAACGAUCUACAAGGCUCCAAGGGGCACUGCGUUGAUAAUCUCACCAUGGAACUAUCCUAUGAUUCUCACUUUCCAACCUCUCAUUGGAGCAAUUGCAGCAGGCUGCACUGCCGUACUAAAGCCCUCUGAGCUUGUCCCCACCUUCUCACAACUCUUGGAGGAAAUUGUGCCAAAGUACUUCGACCCAAAUGUGUACCGUGUUGUCAAUGGUGCUGUGCCUGAAACUUCAAAGCUUCUGGAGUUUCAAUGGGAUCACAUUUUCUACACGGGGAAUGGCAGGGUCGCUAGGAUCAUCGCCAGUGCUGCGGCUAAGCACCUGACGCCACUGACACUGGAAUUAGGUGGCAAGAGUCCUGUUAUCAUCGACUCGGCAUACGAUAUCGAUCUCGCCGCAAAGAGGAUCUUGUGGGGGAAGUGCAAUAAUGCAGGACAGAUCUGCGUGGCACCUGACUAUGUCCUCGUACAGCGGGACAAGCAAAACGAGCUGGUCAAUGCAUUCCGGAAGCAUUAUAACGCAUUUUUCCCCAAGGGUGCGCUAGAUUCGCCAUUGUUUGGAAGUAUCGUGUCAGAUUUGCACCAUAAACGCCUCACUUCACUUCUUUCUCGCACAAAGGGUGAAGUUGUCCUUCAGGGUCGCGCUGACGCUGCGAGGAGGAGACUUGAGCCUACCAUUGUCAAGGAUGUUGUGGACGGCGACUCCUUGCUAGAAGAAGAACUCUUUGGCCCGAUAUUGCCCAUCGUGCCUGUGGAUUCUCUCAACCAGGCAGUCGACUUCGUUAAUGCACGAUCUCAUCCGCUAGUUUUGUACGCUUUUAGUGACAACGAGAGCCUGAAACAACAGCUUGUCUCGGAAACACAGAGCGGUGCUGUUGUUUUCAAUGACACCUUCCAACAUCUCUCCGUGAAUGAACUACCAUUUGCGGGAGUUGGCGAGUCAGGCUACGGAAACCAAGUUAUGAAACAUACGUACGAUACGUUCACGCAGCUUCGUAGCUCUAUUGACAUGCCGAAGGAGGCUGAGCCAUAUUUGGCGAUUCGGUAUCCGCCUCACUCGGAGGAGGCAGUGAAAGCGCUCACUGCUGCGGUGUAUAUGCCCAUUCCGCCAAGCCGCCUGUGAGAAGAUGUCAACGGGCAUGAUGCACUAUCUAUGAUCAAAUAUCGUUGCAUAUGUAAGAUAUUGAGAUCCGAACCGUAGAUUACCGCCUUGUGUUGUACAUACUAACGGAAUGUUGUUAUGUACCCGCAGUUCAUUUUAGAGCAGGAUAUGCUGUAGACACUUGUAGACAGCAACGCGACGUACCCUAGAUACCACGGCCAAUCAUUCUAGAAACAAUUGAAUAGGAUUGAAUAAGAUGGGUCGGAUGCUGUGUCUUGAAGAAGCGGGACGUGAGCAAUGUUGGUGAUGCGAUCAGC